CACAAGGCGGCAAGCAAAGGCUAGUUCAAGAGACAGUGCACUAGGACUAUGUCGAGUAACAGGAAGAAGAGACUGUCGUUGAUCGACUUCUUCGGGAAAUCCUCAGACACAGCGCCCAAAAGCGGCAAGAAACACCAACGCUCCUCUUCAGAUACAUCAAAGAUUUCCGCCAAGAACAAUCCUCACAGGUUGACAUUCCAGAUCCCCGAUGAAUCUAUCGUAUCGAAGGUAGACCUGUCAAAAAUUCCAAAACCACCUGUGCCGGCAAAGAAUAGAUACGCCGGUUUGCAAAACACAAGCAGUUCACAUACAAAUGCCAACUCUAGUUCUAAUAAUAGUAGUCGAGUCAAAAGCUUGCCUGCGACGACAUCAUCUACCAACGGCAUAGCUUUGCAAAAGGAGAACUCUAAGCUACCAGAAACUUCCAGGGAGAAACCGGAGUGGCAACGAUCUAGCCCAUACCAUUCUAACUCACAGCCGUCAGAAAAAAGGCAAGUAAGCAAUUCCAGCCUUUCCUCUUCGAUGUACCCAAACGAACUGAGUCCCAUCACAAGUCUGAGAAACACUAGCAAUUCAACUUUGCCAGAUUUUUCAAGGCAAACCUCUUCCAUAUACCCUGCCUCAACCUUUGCUCAGGAUAGCCCCCAUAAAAAUUAUCUCGAAUCGUCAGGAACAAUAAGUAAACGAACGGAUUUGCUUCGAAAACGGAGGCCGCCUCCGCCAUCGCUGAAAGUCAAGAUAUCAGAUCCAUCCAUGACCCAACCAGAGCUUCAGUCGCCGUCUGACACAAUGAAAGCAUCGGCGGCAGACUCUAAUCAUCUAUCAGAAUAUGAUAGCACCGAUGGAGAAUUUACUCCAUUGAACUUGAUACCGCCCACCUCCAUUCCUGCAGCCAUGAAGAGUGGACAACUAAGUGCCGACAAACUUUUGAAUCCUUCCAAAAAUGUAAUGUUUGUCAACUCAACCACAAGCUAUGAACCUCCAAAUUUUCAUUCCGAGGACUACAAAUAUAAUUCCAAAGACCAAUAUCAAGACAAAAAUGUCCACAAGCAUUCGAGAACAUUGUCGAGUAUUGAGGAAAUUACCAGUGCUCUUGACAGUUUCCAAUUAGAGCAUGAGAAAUCUUUCAUGUCGGAAGGUUCUCAAGGUCGUAUGGAGACAGAAGGAGAUACAGAUGGGGAUGCAGCAGGAGGAACCCUUUCGUUUACUUCUAGUCCAGUAAGUGCCACAGAAAGACCAAUAGCUCUGCACCUUACUCAAGAUUUAGGCAAAUCGAACUUGAAUAAUGAUCUUGCAGCAGAAAACGGCGCCACAGAUGAAAACAAUGGUAUCUUUGUAAAGGUGAAAGACCUGCCUCAUCUACAAAAUGGUGAAACGCUGGACCAAUAUAUAUCUAAACUGAAGACCGCUGCACCAGACUCUUACCUCUCUGCAGAUGAUAACAAUAGUGAGAAAACUCAUUUUCUUGAGCUGGAAAAACCUAAGUCUGUUGGGGGUGGAUCUGAAAAUUCUAGUGCUUCAGAUGUGUUUUUCGACGUUGAUGAGCCUUCCAAAGAUGCCUCGCUUGAUGGAAAUAUACAUCGUGCCACAUUUGAUGAGGAUGUGGGAGAUUCACCUGAACAGCAAGCAUCAGCUGUUAACAAUAUGAGUAUUAGUGGAAAUAAAUAUCAUUCCGGAGAAGCUCGAAGCCUACAGCCUAAUGGUUUUGCUGACUUGAGUGCUCAAGAUAUUGACGAUGAUGUCGAAAAUGAAGUACUUGAUGAUUACUCAGAAGAGGAUCUUAUUGGCCCUCUGGAUGGCUCUUUCGAAUCAUUAGUCCAUCAUGCGAAGCCGGUAAGUAUUGCUGAAGACGAAAAGUAUAUUAGUGGUGAUGUUAUUGCCGAAACACAAACCAUUUCCACUGUAGCUUCGAAUAUUCCGGAAAGUAUUGAAGCAGAUGAUGGAGUUUGGGAAAGAUACAGUAGUGCAACGAAUUUUUUCAAUAAUGCUGAUGAACUACAUGAUGGAAAGAUUGUUGAUGAUGAUGAAGAGGGCAAUGAUCGCGAUGCCUUAUAUGGUGUUAAAAAUGUCAGUACACAUUCUGAUAGCAGUCGAUCUCUUAUUUUGACGCCGACAGAUAGUCGGCCUUACGUCGAUAUGGGAAUGAAUCUAAGCAACUCUUCUCCUCAUCGUGACUUUGAUCUGGGUGAUGAGCUUGAAAAUAACGUAACUGCUGUUUUGCCUGAAACUUCUAGUUCUAGGAGUCUUGAAGAUCUCUAUCCUACACAUAGCAGUGAUGGGGGUAAUGAAGACGACGACGACGAUGACGCUGAUGAUGAUGUUGAAAACGACGAUGAUGAAAACAAUGAUCAGAACGAUGAUGAUAAUUAUGAUCGCUUCGAAGGAUAUGAUAGCCAAGAUAAUGAUAAUAUGAGCUACAUUGUGGAUGAUGAACGCAAUCACAUGGAUAUCGGCAACUACACUUCCGGUGAAGACAGUUUCAAGCAGCAGCAAUACAGUAUGAAGAAUAAGGCUGUUGAAACUAAUGACUUGACCCCAACUGACUUUUCCAAAGGCGCAGUUGCUUCAGGUGAGAGCUCUUCGGAAGAAAACGAUGAUGAUGACGAUGGUGUGUUAGAGUUUUCUCCGAGAUCUCCUCGGUCACCUCGGAGUGUUGAUUCUAUCGAAGAGAUGGCUCAGACCCCAGAAAUUUUCAGACACAACUCGAUGUGUUCUAAAAGCUUGCUAGAAAAAGCAAGUGGUAUCAAUCUGACAGGAACUCCGACUGGUCUUGGAAUAGGUCCACGUCAGCACUUGGUCAUUACCAACCAAGAACAAAGGUCGCUGGACGAGAAUAGUUUGAGUAACAGAAAUAGCGAUGAGAUUGAAAGAGCCCCGAUUCCUGAUCUUGAGUCCAACUUCUCCUACGAAUCACGUCCACACAAUCUCCCAGAGGACGAUCCAGAAAAUGAUAACGACAAUCAUCAGAUUAUCUAUGACCGUCGAGAAGAGCCAACAGUGAUGCCAAUUCAGCAUUCGCUAGUCGUGACGCCCGCCGCUCCUGUGAUAGGUACUUCUUCAACCCUGAAAAAGAGAAGACCUCCACCGAGUUACCCGUCGACUGGAAGGAGAGGCCGUGGACUGUCUGAAACGACAGCCAACCCUGAGCUGUUUGCUAAUGGGAUUGCCCAGCAGCCCAAGCCUCAAAGCAACGAUAAUGAGAGUAGCGAGGCUAUCAGCAGAGGGUUCAUCACUGUGGCUAAGGAUCAGGCUGAGACAUCCGUCGCUGAGGGCGGCAAAGCUCCUGUGAUUCCAGAACAAGAAGAAGUCAACGAAGAACUUGAGAGCCGGAAAGGUGAAAAGUGUAUUUACAUCGAGAACCUGAGACUGAGGAGUAAGAAGACUGCCAUCAACACUAAACCAUCCGUCCAGGUUCUUCCUCUUGCUAUCCGGCAGAACGGCACAAUUUCUCAUAAGAAAAUCCCUUCGCAGCAGUUGACGCAUUCUUUUAAGUCGAACAAGCAUAUGAUGGCCAAGCCAAAAACACGGAUGCUUGCCAGCGAAAUAAACGACGGAGAGUUGCCUGACGCUACAUUGAUCCACAGGGGUCAGAAAACGAAGGUGCCAAUCCAUCCGGACGCCGCUGUCAUUUCAGCCUCAGAGCAAUUCAGCAAGCUGGCAAAGCAACAGGCUGGCACUAGCAGUGGUGGUGGUGGCGAUUUGGGCCGCUUCAACAGUGUUUUGAGUGUCCGUCCUCACUACGGGAACGGGAUGCGGUUGUUCAUCACGAACCCUGAUAGUGACGACGAAUAGUCCGUCUUGUGCUGACCAAGAUCACCCACCGCUUUUAUUCUACAUCGUAUAAUUUUGACCUUGUAACUUUGUACCUCGUAACUCUUACUUCUAAUAUCAUAUCUUCAAUAGCUUAUUCAAGUCUAUUAUUACUGUCUCGAAUGGACCAGAUCUGCGUAUAACCGCGCCACGCUACAUUGC